AUGGGUGCUGUCUCUCCAUACGGGCAGCUGGUCCGGACUGCGGCCCGGACCCGUGUCUCAUGCGUUCCCCGGCGGACCUUCGCCUCGACAGCCACCUACCGCGCACAAAACGACAAUGCCAACUCCAACAAGAAAGGAUCCGGACUCUUAUCAAGCAUGAAAGAUUGGGUUCUCGGUGGAUCGAAACCCAAGGCCGCCCACACACCAGCCGCCCCCAAGCGCGAAGAAGGUGGACUCGGUGCUAGCUCUAUUUUCGCCGACGACGUGAGCAUGGUGUCUGGCCCCAAACCCAGCAAGAAGAAGAAGCAGCUCGAAGAGCAACAACAAGCGCAAGGCGAGGAGGGUGACCUACCUCUGGACCGACGCAACAAGGACCGCAUGCAGCUCGCGCUGAACCCCAACCCGAAAGGCCAUCUGCGAUGGGAGAAGAGGAUGGUGAUCCGCGAGGUCCGUAAACGCGGCCGCCUCUCGAAGGAGGUCCAGAUCAAGCGUUCCGAGCGCGAAUCCAUGUCCAAGUCACACUGGUUCAAGACCUCCGUCAAGAAGCUAGGACCCCUGGCCCGACAGAUUGCAGGCAAGAACAUCGACGAGGCCAUCCUGCAGAUGCGCUUCAGCAAGAAGAAGGCCGCCAAGGACGUGCUGGGACACCUGGAGCACGCGAAGAACGUCGCCAUGGUCCGUGCCGGCAUGGGCCUGGGGGCUGCCGCCGGCACUUCGGCCGCCCCCGUCACCGUCACUCUCAAGUCCGGUGAGCGCAAGAGGAUCACCGACCCGACAAAGAUCUAUAUUCAGCAGGCGUGGGUGAACCGUGGCCCCUACGGUUUUGGUAUGGACCACCGCGCCCGUGGCCAGAUCUACCGCCUCCGACCCCCAGCGACUGGCCUUUCGGUUGUGUUGAAGGAGGAGAAGACUCGCAUUCGGGAGUGGCAGAAGCGUGAGGCUGAUGCGCUGCGCAAGCGCAAGACCCAGCUCUGGACUCAGCUGCCGGAUCGAAAGGUCUCUGCGCAGAACCAGUACUACAGCUGGUAA